AUGGACUGGAAGACCUUCCAGGCCCUACUGAGCGGCGUGAACAAGUACUCCACGGCCUUCGGGCGCAUCUGGCUGUCGGUGGUGUUCGUCUUCCGGUUGCUGGUGUACGUGGUGGCCGCGGAGCGCGUGUGGGGGGACGAACAGAAGGACUUUGACUGUAACACCAAGCAGCCGGGCUGCACCAACGUCUGCUACGACAACUUUUUCCCCAUCUCCAACAUCCGCCUGUGGGCCCUGCAGCUCAUCUUCGUCACCUGCCCCUCGCUGCUGGUCAUACUGCACGUGGCCUACCGCGAGGAGCGCGAGCGGCGCCACCGCCAGAAGCACGGCGAGCAGUGCGCCAAGCUCUACGACGACGCCACCAAGAAGCACGGUGGCCUGUGGUGGACCUACCUGUUCAGCCUCGUCUUCAAGCUCGUCAUCGAGUUCCUCUUCCUCUACGUGCUGCACACGCUCUGGCACGGCUUCGGCAUGCCGCGCCUGGUGCAGUGCAGCAACGUGGCCCCCUGCCCCAACACGGUGGACUGCUACAUCGCCCGGCCCACCGAGAAGAAGGUCUUCACCUACUUCAUGGUGGGCGCCUCGGCCGUCUGCAUCGUGCUCACCGUCUGCGAGAUCUGCUAUCUUAUCGUCCACAGGGUGUUUCGGGCCCUGCGUAAGGACAAGGGGCCCCGGGGCAGCAGCCGCCCCUCCUCGACCAGCCGGGCCUCCACCUGCCGCUGCCACCACAAGCUGAUAGAGGCUGCAGAGCUGGGCGAUGACAGGCUGCAGGCUUCGGCACCCAACCUGACCUCCAUCUGA